CCUGCAGUAUUCACUUCCUGGAAGCAGCGGAUGUACCCUCGCGCAAUCGCUUUCAGUAUCGUUUACUUGAAUAUGAAACAUACCGCACACGUUUCUUCCAGUGAAAAGGUGUGUCCCACAAGACUAGACAAGAAAAAAACUAACGUUUAACGAUCCAGCUUGGUUUGAUCAUUGCACCUCCAAAAUGUCGGUGGUGCUUCAGAACAGCUCAGGCUGGGUUCUGGACACAAGGUCGCUCAUUGACCGAGGCUACGAGCGGUGCGUCCGAUGCACAGGGCAUCUGAAGUCCCGUGUAAAGUGCAGUUUUAAAAGACAAUGUUUUCAGAUAUCAAAAAGUCAUUAUAACGUGAGUGGAGGAGCUACUGUUGAUGGAAAACACACUGCUGCGAUGCAGAAAACAGACAAACGAUCAAAGAAACGUAAGCGAAAGCACAGUGAAAACCAAGGGGAAAUUGAUGCAAAGGCUUUUCAUGAAAAGGUCAGGAGCGUUAUUCUGGAAGGGACUAAGUCUUUAGUGGAUUCUGCCCAAUCAGCUGGAUACUUGAUGGGAGAGGCAGAAGCUGUCAAAGAUUCUCCUCCUUCCCAGGACUGCAGACUGGCAGCGCUCUGUGAGAUGGCUAAAGAGCUUCCCCUAGUGGCCGAUGAAGAGCAGGAGUGGACACGGUCACUUUUCACAGAGGAAGGCCGUGUCUCGCAGGUCGACCUGUUCUCUCAGGUGACAGAGAACCGGGAGGCUUGGGCAGCUCUGGUCUCACUGAUGGGAGAGGAGUAUAUAAUACCACCUAAUACUGCAUUCCUCCUCUCUGAUUUCACAAGAUUACAACCACUUGUGCAAAGUGGGAGGAGGUUUGACCUCAUCGUCAUGGAUCCGCCGUGGGAAAACAAGUCUGUGAAAAGAAGUCGCAGGUACAGCUCUUUGCCUUCGUCCCAGCUGAAACGCCUCCCCGUCCCCCUGCUGGCCUCUCCGGGCUGUUUGGUAGUCACCUGGGUGACAAACCGGCCAAGCCACCUUCGUUUUGUCCGUGACGAGCUGUACCCACACUGGGCUGUGGAAGUUGUGGCCGAGUGGUUCUGGGUCAAGGUCACCACGUCCGGGGAGUUCGUGUUCCCUCUUGAUUCGCCGCACAAGAAGCCGUAUGAAGUGCUGGUGCUGGGUCGGUAUCGUCCUACCGACGGCCGCACGAGCCCUUUAGAAACGGAAAGCGUUCCAGUUGAAGAUAAACGUUUGAUUGUGAGCGUCCCGUCAGCCCUGCACUCCCAGAAGCCCUCACUGUCAGAGGUGUUAAAGUUGUACGUCGGAGCUGAAGCCGAGUGUUUGGAGCUGUUUGCGCGGAGUCUUCAGCCGGGCUGGACCAGCUGGGGCAACGAGGUGCUGAAGUUUCAGCACGUCACCUACUUCAGCUUGGAAGCCGAGGCCAGAGAAGACGGCGCCGACGACCCCGCCGUCGCACUUGAUUGCAGCUUGCCUGAGAAAAGCGACGGUCUAGAAGUUUCCAGCCUUCCUGCCAAUAGUGCAGAUAGUUGACAUUCGACCUGUUGGUUAAAUUUACUUUGUUUUUAAUAAAGAUUUCUGCUGCUCCAGC